UACAAAGAAACCCAAAAGGGUAUUCCGGUAAAUAAACACACAAAGAGUCCAACUUUCUAUCAACUGAAGGAUAAGUAUAGAUCUGAAGUCAGAACCACAUCACAAUCUCUCCGACAUCGUUAGUCAGAUAAUACCCACAUCCGAAACCAAAUGGGUUUGCUCUGAGAACCGAAAUGGGUGACGAACAACCGUCGACCACCGCCGUCUCCGGUCUCCGUCGAGUCAUCACGCUCAUCUCUUCCUUGAUCUCCCUCUCCCUCUCGAUCAGAGUCUUCGCCGGAAAGUGGCAACUUAUCCGGAGCAGGCUGGAGGAACUCCACUCGGCCCUCGUCGCCGGAGAUGCCACGUCACUCUCCGGCGAGCUCCCGGCGAUAACGGGCACGGCGGAGGAGUGCCACGAGCUGGCGCGGCGGUGCUUGGAUCUGUCCUACAGCGGAAAGCUUCUUAUGCAGAGCGACUUGGACGUGACAUUGGGAAAGUUGGAAGCUCACGUCAAGAAGCUAUCUGAGAUAUUCAAGAAGAAUGUGUCGAUGCAUGGCUAUGCCGUUGUGGUUUCAAGGCCUGGCUUUGGAGCUUGCAAAGAUGACAUGAGGUUCUACUUAAGGGACUUAUUGACUCGAAUGAAGGUUGGUGAUUUGGGUAUGAAGAAGCAGGCUUUGGUGAACUUGCAUGAGGUGGUUGUGGAGGAUGAAAAGUAUGUGAAGUUGGUUGCUGAGGUUUCUGAGUUUGUUCACGUGUUGGUGGAUUUUCUAGGUUGCAAUGAGGUUGAGGUUGUGGAGGAGGCUGCCAAGGUUGUUUCUUUGGUUGCCGGGUUUGAUUCUCAUAAAGGGGUUUUGGUCAGUGCUGGGGUUAUUGCCCCUUUGAUUCGGGUUUUGGAAUGUGGGAGUGAGGUAGGGAAGGUUGGUGCUGCGAGGUGUUUGCAAAGGUUGACCGAGAAUUCGGAUAAUGCGUGGUGUGUUUCGGCUCAUGGGGGUGUCACUGCUUUGUUGAGGAUUUGUGAGAGUGUGGAGUGUAAAGGGGAAUUGGUUGGUCCUGCUUGUGGGGUGUUGAGGAAUCUCUGUGGUGUUGAGGAAAUCAAGAGGUUUAUGGUUGAGGAGGGUGUGGUUUCCACUUUUGUGAGGCUUGUGAGGUCUAAGGAUGAAACAGUUCAGGUGAGUUCUAUUGAGUUGAUUAAGAACAUUGCCUCUGAUGAUGAUUUGGUUAGGCAGAUGGUGGUUAAAGAAGGAGGGGUUCGUGUUCUUUUGCGUGUUUUGGAUCCUAAGUGGACUUGUUCGUCCAAAAUAAGAGAGGUUGUGAUGAGGGCUAUUGAGAAUUUGUGUUUUUCUUCGCCUAGUUGUGUUAGUGUUUUGCUGAGUUAUGGUUUUGUGGAUCAAUUGAUGUAUUAUGUGAGAAAUGGGGAGGCUUUGGUUCAGGAGUUGGCGCUGAAGGUGGCGUUUAGAUUCUGCGAAACAUCGGAGGAGGCUAAGAAGGCGUUGGGCGAUGCCGGCUUCAUGGCUGAGCUUGUGAAGUUUCUGAAUGCCAAAUCAUUUGAAGUUAGAGAAAUGGCAGCAGAGGCACUCUCUGGAAUGGUUAUGGUGGCAAAAAAUAGGAAGAGGUUUGUGCAGGAUGACCAAAACAUUGCUCUUCUUCUGCAAUUGCUGGAUCCAGGGGAGGGCAAUUCAGGUAACAAAAAGUUGUUGAUCUCUAUCUUGAUGUCACUAACAAGUUGCAACAGUGGGAGGAAAAAAAUUGUGAGUUCCGGGUAUGCCAAAAACAUAGAGAGGCUUGCAGAAGCUGAGGUUUCUUCUGAUGCCAAGAGGCUUGUGAGGAAGCUAUCCACAAACCGGUUCCGCAGUAUGUUGAAUGGAAUCUGGCACUCUUGAAUUUUUACUAUUUCAUUUGCCUUCAUGACAAGAGUAGCUCAGCCUUUUUAUUGAGAUUGUAACAAGAAAAAUAGUGAUAACAUGAAAGAUUUGUUGUAGAUUUUCUUGGGGACACUAUGGCAUUGUUUUUAGGCUUUUAGCUUUGACUGUUCAGUUGUGAGGAAGAAAAGGAUGAUAUUAUUAUUAUUAUUAUUAUUAGUACUGUAUUAUAUAUCAUAAAAUAAUGUAAUUAAUCACUGGUGAUAGUUACCAUACUAGUGUGUGUUCCAAAAACAUUAUAUCGUGUAUAAAUACGUGAAUCGUGUGAUCACAUGGGGAGUACAUCAAUCCUUGAGGAGCAUGUGAGUAGUGGCUAUCUUGCUUCUCUCUAUCUAGCAUUAUGUGCAAAGAGAUAGUGAUAGAUGAAGUUUCCCAUCUGUA